AAAAAAAAAAAUAAAACACAAGUGUACAAGUGUAAGCAACAAUUGUGAGUUUAUAAAUCAACAAUUAAUAGUAAACAAAUAAUAAAAUACAAAACAAUACUGAAACAAACAAAAAACAAUGGAUCCAACAAUAGCAAAAAAAGUAUUACAAUUUGAAACAUUUAUAAAUGACAGAUUAAAAUCUGAUCUCGCUGAAUUAGAAAAGAAAUUGAACGAAAAAAAUUCAGAAAUUGCUGAAUUUUUACAGCUUAAAAGUGUCAUUCUAACAAUGAAAAAUAAUGAAACAAUUGAAAAUGGUUUUAAAACAAAAAUUGACAUUGGAAAUAAUUUUUUUGUUCAAGCAAAUGUUGAAAAUUCAUCAACUAUAUUGAUAGACAUUGGUUUAGGCUAUUUUGUUGAGUUAAAUUUUGAUGAAGCAUUAUCAUUAAUAAAUGUUAGAGUUAAAUUAUUAGAAUUACAAAUUAAAAAUCUUCGUUAUGAAAUUGCAACAACAAAUGCACAUAUUAAAGUUUUAAUAAUUGGCAUUAGUGAUUUACAAGGAUUAAAACAAUCAUAAAUUAUUUUACUCGAAAAUCAAUUGUAAAAUUUUUCUAUUACAAUUAUAUAUUUGUUAUUAAAA